GCAAAAGGGCAGAUCGAUGUUCCCUAAGGUUUUACUGCAGUGGUGCGCAGCCAUCUCAAGCUGCGCAGCUGAAAUAGAGAGAAGGCGACAGGGCAAGUUCCAGCCGUUCAGACGACUGUUUGGGAAGAAGAAGAAAAGACAGGCGAGAGAGGGCUUUGAUGGAGCAGAGCUAAAAACCAGUUUUUCCACAGGGGAAGUGUGCAAUGGCGUUACAUCUGAUGAGGAGUCCGAUCAAAAUCUGAGGGAGUUGAAUCCCAUCGGAUCUCGAGCUCUCUCACACGACAGCAUCUUCAUUCCAGAGGAACCGGUGAAGGAGGCUGGUCUGGAUCACAGCAUGUCCCAGGAAAACGUGUCGGAUAAAGUUAGGAAUCUGCAGAGGCAGAUAGCACAAGGUAUAAAGUUUGGCCAAAGGCCUCCUUCUCUGAGAAGAAGUGAGGGAGAUGAGGGCAGCUCAGAUGAGGAAGAGGUUCCGCGUAGCCCUCUGAAAGUUUUGGCCCAGGUAGAAGCGGAGCCACCAGGAACAGAGCCAAAGCAGGUGCAGGGAGGUCAGCCAUUUGGACCACACAGCCCCCCUGUGAAGUCUCCAAGGUCCAAACGAGUUCUUCCACUCACUGGCACGAUUGAGUCCAUCAACCUUGAUGCCGUCCCUCAGUCAGUUCCUCGCUUAGACAACGCUGCCGCCAAACAUAAACUCUCCGUCAAGCCGAAAAACCAGAGGAUUUCCCGCAAGCACAGACGAUUCACACAGGACCUCCAAGAGGUAUCCAUUCCUGGUUUGGUCCAAGAUGACCUCGAAGCAGCUGGCGUCUCCACAGACGACCAGCGUAGAGCGUCUGUUGAGUCCAUUGAAAGCUUCAAGAAACAAAGACUCCAUGAGGAGGAAAGACAGGAGGCGAGGAGGAUGAGAGAGCUUGAGGAGCUGAGGUUCAGACAGGAGGAAGAAGAGAGGAAGAGGAGAGCAGAGGAGCUGAGGCUGCGUGAACUGGAGGAGGAGAGAUGUCGUAUGCAACAGCAGGAAGAGGAAGCAAGGAGGCUGCGCGAGGAGGAGAAGAGGGAAAAGGAGGAAGAGGAGCAAAGAAGGAUGUCAUUGGAGGAGGCUGAUGGGAAGUUUGAUCCACAAGAGAUGAAGAGGAGAGCUGAAGAGCUACGCUGGAGGGAGAUGGAGGAGAGACAGAGGCCAUUUACUUUUAAAGUGUCCUCUGGUGAGAAACAGAUUCUCUUCCAGAAGGUCAAUCUGACGCCUGUUACGCCGGCCUCCAGCCACCAGAGCGCUGCUGUCGCUUAUCAAAGAGAUGGAGCAAAGGCUUCCUCCUCUGAAGGACCAGACUCCCCCAACCUGCCAGCAUCUCCAUAUGUCCCCCAUACAGCUAUCCUAGUGACAGGCGCCCAGCUAUGUGGGACAGCUGUCAAUUUAGACCAGAUCAAAGACACCGCCUGCAAGUCCCUGCUGGGUUUGGGAGAGGAUAGAAAGGCCCAAGGAACACCGCCAACAAAGAGCAAGACUUCCCCAGAACGCAAGUCUGGAAAAACCAAAUCACUCAAUGAGUCUGCGCUCUCUACCGAUCAGUCCAGUGCAGCUGUCCUGGCAGAAUGGGCAAGCAUCAGAUCAAAGAUAUUCAAGGGGGUAGAAGAGGGGAAGUACGACGAGUACCCAGAGCCGAGCAGGAGCCAGUCUCAGUCCAGCGCUGAAGAACAGCCUCUGUUUGCCCACACGAACCUCAGGAAGACCAUGUCUGCUAGCGCCAAGUUCUCCAUCACCCCUGCAAGGAAGAAGUUUGGAGAUUCAAAUAGGAACUCUGAGGUGUUUGGUGCAGAAGAUAAGGAAGCAGGAGAGGAGGUUGCUCCACCUGGAAGCCCCACUGUAGCCUCUCCUUCUCCAUCAAGUAAACCUCAGAACAGGACAAGUAAAAGUGUCCGCAUCAUAGAAAGAGGGUCAGAUGAGUGUAUGUUUGCCAAAGACCUUCCUUCUUUCCUGGUUCCCAGUUCUGAAAUUCAAUCUGAAGAGGCAGAGUCGAAGAGCAGGGUUCAGAGUGAAACAGAGACAUCUGAAAGCAGAGUGGAGGGAGAGGAGCAGGGCCAGGACAGUGAGGAGAAGCCUUCUCCUUUUGGCAUAAAGCUGAGGAGGACCAACUACUCUCUGCGUUUUCACAGCGAGCAGUCCACAGAGAAAAAGAAGAAGCGCUACAGUGCUGGGGACAGCUUUGAUGGCGUCCCCUCGCCUCUUACCCCCAUUGAGCCAGACUCUGAUGCCUCUUCUGUCUUUUCUGACAAAUCAAGCCCCACGUCACCUCAGAAAGAAGGCGCGGUCAGCAAGUAUUUACAUGCAUCUGCCUCUCCUGCAUUCCCCCGGGGUAAACUGACUAAGUCUACCAGCCCGACUCCACACAGUGAGGGUGAGAAAGUGUUUUCCAAGCCACCGCUCUACCGCAGACCAGUGACAUCACCUAAGCCUACAGGUGCAGCCCCAACACCUCCCCCAUCACCACUACCUAAGGUAGCUCAUGAGUCUCCCAGUGAUGAUUCAGUGGAGAGUACAAUGGGUGUGGAUUCAUCCAUCCAGGAGCAAGCCGGAAGGAGUGAGGAACCUUCAGCCCUGCUGCACAAGAGCAGCCAAAGUCAUGUCCAAGGGGAAGAAGAGCCCAAGGAGAAGAGGUCAUUCUUCCCCUCCAUUAACAUACCCUGGAGGGAAAAGGCAGACAGAAAGACAGAACUCAUCAGGAAAGAAAAACCAUCCCUACAGAGCAGGCACUCACUGGACAGUGCGAGGGUCCAGGAGAAGGAGGCUGGACCUUUGUGGAUCACACUGGCUCUUCAGAAGCAGAAAGGCUUCAGGGAGCAGCAGCAGAACCGGGAGGAGCGUCGUAGCCAAAGAGAGGCCAAGCUGGCAGAAAAACAAGCUAAAGAGCGAGACAGUGUUACACUGGUGAGCCCCACAGACAGCAAAGGAAGUGGAAGCACCAGUCCUUCUUCUAAACCUCAGACGCCAGAGGAGCCCAAGAGACCAGAGAGCCUCCUGGGAAAAUUUGAACGCCGGGAGCACCUAAAGAAGGCCAACACUCUACCGAGCUCUGUCACUGUUGAGAUUGCAGACUCUACACCGUCGCCACCUGCUGUCAAAGAGGUGUCAAAGCGCUUCCCCUCCAGUGACUCUCCGCAGGUUUCCACAGAGCCGGCCUGGCUUGCUCUGGCCAAACGAAAGGCCAAAGCCUGGAGCGACUGUCCUCAGAUCAUCAAAUAACACCUCAAACCACCAGCUACACACGACACUCCGGCCUGCAUCAAGAGUGUACACUGCCCACAGACUCUGAAACACUUGGAGUGUCACCAUUAACUGUCCCCCCCCUCUGAGAACUCCACCUCUCACUUCUCACAAUGAAAACUCUUCCCGACUGUGAAACCAGUAAAGCUCUCCAUCUCCUCCUAACCCCCCCACAUACACUGGCUGGUACUAUUAUCAUGUUAAAGUGCGCUUCACAUUCACUUAAUCCGAUACAGCCGCACAGAUAUAAACAAUUGAUGCGAGCAUGCACAUACUGUAUAAAAACAUAAAUUAUAUGUCUCUUAAACUCCUGCAGCCAAUCGCAACCAUGGUUGGCCACUGCAAUAGCCAACCUUUUUCCUUUUUUUUUUAAAUUGUGUAGCCAACUGUGUCACCAUGGUUGUAAAUAAAUCAUUUGCUCAACACAAUAUAACACUUCUGUAUUAUAGAGGUGAAGCUCUGAUGUAUGACAGUGUUUAAUCAACAGAGGGUAACUGUCUGAAUCAUGUUUUAAGGGCUACCAGUUUAAACUCAGCACGAACCUGCUUCUGGAAGUGUUACAGGCAUCCCCUCUGUACUUCUUGGCGUUAUUUAUGUAAAGCAGCAGCUCUCCCUCUCCUGUGUCUUUUCUCUGAGCCUUGUUUUUCAUCUACAAGAGAUGCCUUUUUUUUAUCAACACAUACUGGAAAAUCUUAGCUUAACAAUUCUCACUGUGCCCGUGACGACUGUGAUAGCUGUCCAAGGAGCUAUUGUACAAUUUUGCCAUGAUUUAAAAAAAAAAGAAAGAAAAGAAACAUGGUGGGUGCACCUAAACACAGCACUGAAGACCACAAGUGUUACUGGGCAUUUAUGGUGAACCUGCACCUCAUCCUCACAGCUGUGUGACGAUGUAAUUUGGAUUUUUUAUUUUUAGGCUUUGCUUAUUGGAGACAGAUGUGACACCUCCUAGCUGUAGACCUACGACUCUUAUAGCUGUCCUCCUGUAACACGCUCGUCUUAGUAGGCUUGCGCCAUCACUUUCUCUUAAAUGUGAUAUGAUCCUACAUAAUGUAAACAUUUCCUCUAUGAAGAAAAAAAAAACUUGAUUCUUAUUUCCUGCCACUCACUUAAUGAUCUGUAUCCAUGUAAGUAUGUACUGUAUGUAAGUGAAAGGCAUUGCCAGAGGUUCGGUCAAAAAGAGGGCCCUAAAAGAGGUGGACUCACAGUCAUUUUGUUUCUAACUUUGGUCGUGCACAAUAGUGUAGUGUACGCAGUGUUGUAUGUAACAAAAAAUGUUUGGUAUUAUUUGCACUUUUUUGUCCCACUUACAGAUAUGAAAAAAAAGAUACAAAAUGUUAUGAAUAAUGUAAAUUAAAUACUGAUGUCUGAA